AUGGUUGCACAAGAAGAACAAGAAGCGCUGGAAGAGGUCAAGAAGGCAGAAGAAGAAGCGGAAGACGCGCAGAAUCAGCUCACAGGACAAACCGAGCAGAAGAGGAGGCAGCGUCCUGAAGAAAACCAGAACCACGCAGAGGGGAGUCUCAAAACGGAUGAAGCGGCAAACGAUACCAGCGCACCGCCCGAGGUUGGCGUUCGGAUAGAGCCGCCCAAAAUAGAGGUCACUCAUGAGACGGCAGCGUCUCCUUCUGGUGUUGGACUCAAGGUGCGACCGCCUACCAUUGACAUCGCGCCGCGGACUGCAGCAUCGAUUGCAACCAACACGCCAUCGGAGCUAGGUCCCUGGUCGUCAAGAUCACGCCUUUCGUCGACUCUUCAACCGCUUCAACGAGGGCGCAGAGACCCGGAAUUGUAUCGGGGGCUGUUGACGCUGAGUAUUGAUGCAAACGGCGGAAACUCUGCGACCCUGAUUAUCGGACGGACAGCAGAGCAGAAUGAGCGGGUCAGCCUGGUUGUAGCAGGGCCUACAGAUCUCUGGUUUCACGUGAGGGAUUUCCCCGGUGCUCAUGUAGUUCUGCGCGGCGAAGGAAACUCGUGGAAGCCGACGAAAGAACAGAUCCAAUUAGCAGCAGAUUGCGCAUGCUAUUUCUCCAAAUGCCGAGGAAGUGGCACCGAAACAGCAGUCACGUUCACUUUGGCCAAAAAUGUGUCCAAAGCCAAAGGAACGCCGGUUGGCACGGUCGCGGUGACGUCACCCCAGACGAUGAUGGGACGGUCAAAUGCCGUCAAAGAAUUCGUGGAGAAUCUUAUGCAAGAAAGACGCGAGUCCAACACAAAAAAGAAGCUCCGCAUUAAAGCGAAUCCGGCCUUGCCUUCAUGA